CGCGCGCGUUAUUUCGUAGAGAAGUGUCCAGUGAUCAACGACGACAUUCGUUAUUGACUUGAAGUUGAGAUAGGAAGAUAUGGUGGAAUAAAGAUGGAGUAUGGUAACAUAAGUCCAAAUAGCACACGGGAGAGGUUUCUAACACUACCCCCAACCUGUUCUGCCCUAACGAGUGUUGGCAAUGCAUCUGUACCUACACUUGGGAGCAUGAUGUACACACGAGAUAAUGCAAGACCGUAUUCCCAACUGGAAACUAAGGCAGUUUCCACACCAGCUUGCAGGGCCAUGUCACGUGAGAGGUGUGACAGUGGUAUUGGUGAUGGGUUUAGCUUUUCUGAACAUUCUGUUCAAUCUCCAGCCAGCCCUUUCUGUUCAACUUACCAUGGCACACACAUAGGUGCCUCACCUGCCUUUGAAAACAGUCAACGCUCGGUUUAUGAAAGAACACCUAAUGUAGUAUUGAAUAUGCAACAUGAAGUCACUAGGCCACAGAUGCACCAUGAAGUGCAUCGAACUGAUUUGAAUCCAGCAGCUACCACUAAGGAAAGAAUGCAUGAGUCAAAUUUGCAGGCAUUCACAACACCACCUGCAUUGCUAAAGUCAUCUACCAUUUAUCCGGAUUGUCGGCUGGCCAAUCGGGAAAUGCCGAGAUGGCAACUUGCAGAAAACACCUCUACUAGUAAACGACAUCUGGUACAUAAUUAUCUAGCAAGUCCAGUGUCACCGUCCUCUGAAAUACCUCAUCAGUAUCCUGUCCGAAUGGAUUCUUCUCCAAGGGUGAUGGGUGAUCAAGAAAUAGAUACCAACCUAAAAGGCUUAUACCAUAGUCCCCCAUAUGUUCAUGUCUUCCAUAGCCCUAAUGGUUGGAAUCUGGUUCCCCUCUGUGCUGCAGUACGGGGUGUCAAUGAUGGAUCACAGAACAAGGAUGGUUUACAACUACAAGCAACAUCUCCAUCAAGUGCAGAGUGCAACUGGUUGACUGAACCGAUUUUAUCUAGAAGUGUCCCAACAAAAAACCUGAGAGAACCAGCUUCAGCUGUUAAAAAUUCACACUUCGAGCUUGGCAUUACUCGGGCAAUUAAUCGCAAAAGUUCUUGUAGCAGCUUGGAUCAUGUGCGAGAUAAGCUGAGCAAGAAGCCCCCAGCACCAGGCAACAAUCCCGAUUUAGAGCUGAGCUCUACACAGUCGAGUGAUUGUGACAGUAGUCUGUGUAACAGCUUGCAUCAAGGGAUAGAAAAACGGAAGAAGCCUCCAGCACCAGGUAACAACCCCGAAUUAGAGCUCAGCUCAACUCAAUCUAGUGAUUGUAGCAGCAUUCUACACAGCAGCUUGCAUCAAGGGAUAGCGAAACGGAAGAAGCCUCCAGCACCAGGUAACAACCACGAAUUAGAGCUCAGCUCAACUCAAUCUAGUGAUUGUAGCAGCAUUCUACACAGCAGCUUGCAUCAAGGGAUAGCGAAACAGAAGAAGGCUCCAGCACCAGGUAACAACCACGAAUUAGAGCUCAGCUUGCCGAACAUGGCAGAAAGGUGGAGCAAGAAGUCUCCAGCACCAGGAAACGACUCUGAACUGGAGUUAAGCAGCAGUCUUAGCAGUGGUUUGACUAGUUUGCUCUCUGAUAUGUUAAAUGGAGAGAACAAUGGCCAUGUUAGGUCCCCUGCACAUGACUUGCAACUGAAAGGUACCAUCUCUGAUUGCAAUGUUGGCGUUAAUAGUGGGUGUACAAAGGAUACUGAGUGCUUAUUAGAAGUAGAGAAAGAACAGGAUGAGAGAGACUGUGUGAAGAUAUGUAAACCUGAAGGUGGGAUAACCAUAAAUAUGUGUGCAGCUAGUAAUUCAAACAUGAGUGAUUCAAUCGAUGAUGUUUUAAGAACUCAGAUUAAUGACUGUGAUGCGAUACCAUUGCCAGACAACUCGGAAUUAGAGCAAAGCUGUAGCAGUGGUGUUACUAGGUUGCUUGAUGGGUUGUUAGAUAGAGAUAUGCACCAAAGUAUCAAAAAGCUGCCAACGUCAGAUAAUUUGGAACCAAAGACACUUGCUGGGCAAGGCUCGAAUGACAUUGACAUGGUGAGUUUACUUGACAACUUACUAGAACAGCAGAUUAAAGACCCUGUCAUACUGCCUCUGUCAAACAACAACCAGCAAUUAGAGUUAACUAGCAGUAAUGGAUGUAAUCAGUUACUUGACUCAGUGCCAGCUAUUAAAAAGCAACCAACACUGAGUGGGAAUGCUGAUCUUGAAUCAGGCAGAGGCAGUGUGUGCGACUUUGUGAGUGACACUGUCUUGCCAACUACAUGUACUGGGCCAGAUGUCAAAGCCUCAAAGGUGGAUGAUCAUGGUUCACCAAAAUCGUUCUCGCAGAUGGCAGCUGGUAACCACGAACUCGUCGUCAGUCGCGCUAAAAUCGAAGCUAACGCUUUGGAAGCUGCCUCAGGUCAUGUGGACGAAAGAGAUGAUAUUGGAGCAAAGGUGGCUUCGACUGUGGCCGUCUGCGUCAGUGAGCAUGAAUCGGGUACGAUAGUCGAUGAGAAGCCAGUUCCCCACAGCAACUAUGAGUUGGAAUUGAGUAAUAGUAGUCACUCAAGUUUGACCGAGUCGGUCCUUGUGACAAGAGCGGCCGUCGCUGCAGGUGACGCUGUGUUCGAGUCUAUGACUAGAACGGUUGUCUACCAAGAGGUGCACAACUCGGUCCUCAAAGUCUGCCAUAAAUCAGAUCAGACUGGAAAGGAGCCACACGAGGACCACCUAGAGAGCUCAAAGAAAUACUCUGAAUCAGUGUCACACGAGACAAACGAGCAGAGACUAGGUGUUGAUGAAGGUGACACAUGGGAUCACCUGCACGAAGAGAUGCCAAUGCAAAGUUACCAGCCUAGCUGUAGCACUCCACGCACCCGGCGUGAGCAAGUGAGACCUCAAGACGCCGAGAUGUUUGGUCACCUCAACGUGACUGAUUACAUCCCAUUUAAUGGCGGCUUUGAUGAGCUCCACGACAUACAUCCAGGCCCAUCAGUUGCUGGUGGACAGCUCAUUGAUAUAGGCAACUCCAUUGCAGAAAGACUUAUUGAUGUCUGUGAGACCCAAGGAAGCAAAACUUUUGUGGAUGAAGAGAGGGAGACGGUGCAAAAGAAUUUGACUGAAUCAUCAACUGGUAGUGGUAAGCCAUCACAUGAAUACAAACAGGAUAAAUCGAAGGUUAAGCACUCACAUACACUUGCUGAGUUCUCUCCCAAGAUCUCAACACCAAAAAGUCGAUCACGGGAAGGCGGACAUGGAUGGCAAUCGCCACCGCAGGGCAUUUCAUUUCCUGUGCUAUCUAGCAGUCAAGAUUCGUUGGUGCAGGGUAGUCAACCUGCUGCAUAUUUACACGGAUUAGGUAAUGAGUAUACUCAGAUUCGAAAUAAACAGGGGAAGGCCUGCAAGGCGUCGGUGGAGUUUCAGCAGGCUUCUAAAACCAUGGUUUCUGACGUACCGUUGAGGAGGUUUGAUGCCAAUGAGAAAGAAUCGGGCAGGACGGGAGAGAGAAAUUCACCGGCAAGCGCUCGCACUCUGAGUGCGUUACCAGUCGAGAGCUUCUGCAACUCUGUGUCACGUUUAGCAGCGCCCUCACUCGUGUCUGUUAGCCAUCAACAUCAGGCCGUUGGUCAGUGGAAGCCUAAGAAGACAGUGUGCAUGCCCGCUAUCCCACUGCGCACCAUAACUGUAUUGAAUUCGCCGGCUGUGUUUGCACCAGUAAUGCGCCAACAGCAUUGCGUUUUGACUAGGCGAGCACAGCAGUAUUCUCAUCAAACACAGCAGCAACAUAGGCCACGCGAGCAGAAUCAGCAGUGGCAUGGGCAUCGGCAGCAACAGCAGUAUCGUGAGCAGUGUAAUUUUCUGGUUGGAGUUCCACCUCAGGGGUAUUUGCCCCAACCCUCACCAGAUAUGAGGCGAUCGUAUUCUGGUACAGCCGUGCCUGAGAGCGUUGACGUUAGAAGCACUCCUUCAAGCCAGCGCAUCCACUCAUCAAGAGGUAGUGGAGGGAGAGUAACACAAUUCGGUCCAUAUCCCACCAAGCAGAAGACACAACAAGAUGGUGUGCCAUAUGCUACAAAUUCCGGUGUGCAGCCCUGCAUGGUGCCACCUGUGCGUGAACAUCCUAGGGAACAGCAAUCACGAGAAGUGCAACCAGUCGUAUUAAUGUCGCCAUCUGUUGGAGAACAUCGCAGGGAACAGCAUCUGUCAGGACAACAUCCGUUUGCAGUGUUACAGGAAUAUUCUCCUGCCGUUGUGAAAUCGAGUGAGAAUAUGCCACGCCACUUUGACUUUCUGCUGUUGGAGAUAGGACAUUUUGUGGUGUUCAAGGAGAGUGAAGACUUUUGCCAGAACAGGCUCAAAGUGAUGUUUGCACAAAGGAAGAUGGUGUACGAGUUUGGCUUCAACUCGCUACAAUACCCAGCUGCUUCAGGGGCUAUCAUCGAGGUGCCCUUUGAGAGUAUUGUGGCGAUAGGAAAAUUGAAUGAUGUUGAACUUUUCAUCAAAGUGCAGCGCCCACCUCCCAUGUACCUCAGUUACGUCAGACCUGUAGAUGGAGCAGUCCAGUUUAACAUUGUAUACGACCGAGCAACGAAAGUAGACCUGACAAAUGGAGAACUAGCCAGAGUUGCUUGUCACAAAGUAAUGAUGAGCAAGACAAACUUGAGGAAGUUGUAUCUCUACCUGUGCUGUUUCGACCCGCGCUUUGAGGCUAUGUUCCAGCAGUCUGUGCCCUACCAGCAGGAAAGCUUCCCUCUGCCCACAGCACUGAUUCCUUCUAAUCAUGAUCAGGUUGUCUCAGCACGACGGACAAAGGGAUGUGGCUGUAACAUGGGAUGUCGCAGUUUGCGAUGCCCCUGCCUAAAGUCAGAAAGGCCCUGUGACAGCCUUUGCAAGUGUGGGACUUGUGAAAACCCAUUGAGUGUGUUAACUGAAGUAGGAAUUGACAUUUACAUAGCAAAACAGGAUUCCUGUCUCAUGCAGAAAAUUCACAAGCAGAUCAACUUGCGAUCCUAUUUGCAUAAAGCUGUGGUGUUCCAAUGCUGUGGAACACAGCGGCUAGUGCGUGAGUGUGUGCCAGGCUUGACACGCUGCCCUUCUCUGUGUGGCGCCAUCUACCAAUACUCCUGGUGUAGUGGCUUGCUUGUUAGAAACCACAGGAACCACUGCUCAAAGUGCCUAAAGUGUGUUGCCUGGCAUGACAAACAUUGCAAAAGGUGUGACAUGUGUUACCCAGCAGGACCUGAGGGCAUCCUACCUUGUCAAACCUGCAUUAGCACAAGAAUUGGCAGGAAACGCAAGUAUACUAGCCCUGAAGAUACCCUCUUGCUUGAGGAACAUAGAGCGAAGAUACGUGAGCAGUGGCGUAGUGGUGAUUAUGACCCAUGAAAGUACACUAAUGCAGCCGAAAAAGUGCCUCAUGUUAGGUGCGGUGAUAGUGUGGUGGUCUGCCUUAAAUGGAAAGCCUUUUAAAAUAGGUGGCAGCACUGAUUUGCACGCUGAAGAUCACUGCUCACAGAAGAUGUUAUUUGUGUCUAGUAGUAUUGCCUACUUGUGGAAAUACACAUUAUAAUACAGUAGCUAUAUUACUACUUAUUUAAGAUCAUGGUGAUUUUUUCCCUGGCCAAUCGUGUUGUGAAAUGUGAACGUGGGUGGUAAUACCAUAAAAUGAUGAGUGGGAAUUUGAAUUUGACUGUAAUAUGUGGGAAUUUGAGUUUGACUGGAUAAUUUGUAAUAUGACUAUAUUAUCUAUACUAUAUAUUGCAGAUGAACAAUCUUGAGCUCUAACUAGCCAUGGUGUUAUAAAUGCUACAUUUUGACCAUUACCAUACUGCGUCACAGUUUUACAUAUUGUCUCAGGAAUUUGCUAUCCAAUAUAUUGUAUUAUAAUUAGGUGCUGUUGUACUCUGCUAAAUUUAUGUAGGUAUGUAGUUAUGAAGAAAAUGUCAUUUACUUACAAAUGCAUGGGCUUAUGGCAUAUAUGUUAUAUUAUUCCUAAGAUUUGAACUGCAUUCGUAAUGUUCUUCUUUUUAAGAAGAAAUUUUUGAACAGAAACAAUACUGUAUAUUUUUUCUAUGUAAAGUCUAAUAUGAUAUUUGUAUACUUUGUAUGUAGUACUGUAAUUCCUCAUGUGUUUGUGCACUUGAUGUGUAUGUUUCGAAUAUGUUUACUUUCACGCAUGUUUACCCUUAAUAUCAAUGUAUUAUGGUGUUGUUGUUGUUGUUGUUGUUGUUGUUGUUUUAUUUGGCAUUUAUUAUAUUAGUAUUAUAACAGUAUUGGAAAUUAUAGACUAUGUUCUUUAGCAGUGAUGUGAGGCAAACAACACGGCCAAGCACCAUACUAAAAAUGCAAAAAAUUCUACUUAAAGUAAUAGGUGUGAGUGUGCAAAUCUAGUGGUCUACCUUGUUUUUGUACUUUAAUGUGAUAUUAUAUAUCUAAUCUUGACGUUGUGUUUUAUUUGUGUAUGUUUGUUCAGUUGUUGUGUAAGUUUUGAUAACACUCCUUUUCACGUGUGAGUACGCUUACAAUUUAAUGUUAUAUUCUUGUUAUUUGUUAACAUGUAUUGUAUUAACAUUAUGAAGGUGUUGAAAUUUAUGGGCAAUAUUCUUUAGCAGUGAUACGAAGCUAAAUAUCCACAGCCAGUACAAUUCUAAGAACUUGGAAGUUUUUUUGUGCAUGCAUACGUGUGUGUGUAAAUAUAUUGAUCUAGCUGGGGGAUUUUUCGCAAGAAAUUAAUGUAAUAUUCGUAUAAUUUUUACAUUGUAAUUUAAUUGUUUAUAUGUUUGUUCACUUGAUGUUUAAGUUUUGAAAACGUGUAUUUUUGCGCGUUAACCAUACAGUUAACAUUUAAUAUAUAUUGCUGUUUUGUUAACAAGUGUUUCAUCAGCAGUCUAAUGGUAUUGCAAAUUAUGGACAAUAAUCUCUAGCCGUGAUAUGAAUCUAAAAAAUCCUGGAGCAUAAUGUUAAGAAUGGCGAAGAAAUAGUUAUACUAAUAAAUAUCAUUGUGCAAAUCUAA